AUGUCGUACAUGCGAGGCGACCUGCUGACGAAGACGAGGAAACUGGUGAAGGGGCUGGCCAAGCCCGCCCCUGCCUGGCUCAAGGCCAUGGAGCAGGCACCUCCAGUCACAUUCCCUAGAACUGAUGGUAAAAUCGAGAAGAUAGAACUGCCAGAGGAUGUCUAUGUCAAGAGGUUCUUCAGAAGGCAUCCUGAUUCACUCUACCAUGAUGCAAUAAAGAUAAGCGGGUUUGAUCCACCGCCAGCAAGAGUUUUUGCUUGGCGUGUCUUAGAGUUGAAAGAACAGGGAGUCAAUGAAGAUGAUGCAAUGGCUGUAGCAGAUAUGGAGUAUGGAGCAGAGAAAAAAGCAAAGAAGCUAGCAUACAAGGAACUGAAACAAAUUGCACGCAGAGAAGGAAAGCCACCACCUCCAAAUCCAUAUCCAAGCGCUAUCAAAGAAAUACAGGCAGAGGAAAAGAAGUAUGUUAGGGACCGUUUCCAUAACCCAAAGGUACUCGAGAUCGUGAAUAAGAUGAAAGAGGACAGACAGAUGUUUCUUCAAGAUAGAGCAGCAGCAUCAGGUGGAUCAGGUGAAGGACAGUAA